AUGUCUUCAGCAAACAGCGAUCCAACACUUCCACAUUCUUCUUCCACUUCCUCUUUAAAUACGCCUCCUAUCGAAAACACUCUUCUGACUCCCUUAAGUCCUGCUACAAUUCUUGAAAAAUACAAGGGAAAGAAAGAUUCAAAGAAAGGUAACGCACCGAUCCUAAAACAACCUUUUUUUAAAAUAACCGCGUCUAAUAAAUUUCAAGUCGUGAUCCAAUUUCUAAGAAACCAACUUAACUAUAAAGUAUCAGAUCCUUUGUUCUUAUAUGUAAAUAGUGCUUUCUCACCGGCUCCUGAUGAGAUUGUGUCAAAUUUGCACAAGUGUUUUAGCACAGACGGGCAUCUUAUAAUAAAUUAUUGUACAACUGCAGCAUGGGGUUAG